AUGAAGGCUGGCGUAGCUGCCCUCACAGCCGGGAUCUUCGGCGGCACCGGCGUUUUGCUCUUUCUCAUCGCUUUCGGGACGGAUUACUGGCUUCUAGCUACAGAGACCUGCGGUGUCUUCGAGCAUGGGAAUAGCACUCUGCGAACCGGGGAGGUUGAAACGCUGACGGAGGUCAGGAAGGAGAUCCUCACUUUCCAUCAUGAAGGCUUCUUCUGGCGGUGCUGGUUCUUUGGCGAGGGCCACCCGGAGACCAUCUGGACCUUCUGGUACACCAGCCAAGCACACCCCAAGUUCUGCAUGCACGGCUACCUCUUUCCCAUGCCCAUCACUCUUGGACCUUUCCCCCAUCCUUCCUACGACACAACCGCAGUGUACAGAGGCUUCUGGACGGCGUUCAUCAUGCUGGCCGUCGCCGCCGGGCUGGUGGGAGGGCUGCUGCUGGUGUGCGGCGUGCCCUUCGUCAACCCCCGCUCCUACAAAGUUGGAGGCGGAUUCCUCCUCGCCUCGG